AAUGUCAAAAAAAAAUCGGAGACUCAUUGGGCCAGCGCCUAUCCGUUUAGAGAGUGGUUGUUCCUAACCUAAAAGUGUAACAGUUACCGACUGGGUAACCUGUACUAAUUACAGUCGGUAAUAAUACUUGAUAGCUUAGUUUAAAUUUUUUCUUUUUUGCAAUAAUGGAAAUAAUUUUACAACUUUCUUUUUCAAAAAUCGCAAAUGGAGAUUUUCUUUUUUUGAACGAAACCGCGGCGCAUGGGGGUUGGAAACAUGACGCGUUUCCACCCCUCACUUCUGCCCCCAACCCCGUAUUUCGAUUCCAACAGUUCGCUACCCCUUCGUCUAACGAUCGGCUGUCGGAAACUGCCGAAGGCUCGGGAAAUGAGCCGAGGGCGAACACACACGGUCCGCCAACUCUUAAUUCGGGACGUCGCGACGUCGUGAACGUCCUUUCGACGACUGGAUCGCGCGCGCCAUCGUCUCUCUUCCUCUAAAAUUCUCUGCCUCCCCUCUAAAAAAAAAAAUAAAAGAAAGGGAUUUUUUCCCCAAAAAAAGAGAAAAUUCGUAAUCAGCAGCUUUUCAUUGAUAAAUCGCUCAGGACACGAAAAAUUUCUUUUCCUUUAGUGUUUCUCAAUUGAAUUUCUUUUUUUCUUCACGCUCCUCUUGUCGUGCAUUAGUUUUCUAUAUGGAACGCCCGGACGAUUUUUAUUGUCCAUCCGGAAGUGCAUUCAGUUUGGUUCAAGUUUCCUCCUCUUCACACGCGAGUCGCUCCCAGGACCGCGUCGACUCCUUCCUUCGGGAAUCGUUGAGCAACGGGAUUCUACCUCAUCACGGAAAUACUGAUCGAUUUCACGGAAAAUACAAAUAAUUUCUAGCCUUCUUUCUCUUUUAGUGAAGAUUUUUGUAAAUUUGUUGAUUUUGUUUAUUAUUCAUCUCGCGCGUUUGUACGCAUAGUGAUGGUAAUUGUUCGACGGGCUCUCAAAUGAAGGGUAAAGGACCUUUGAACCGUGGCGUGAAAACGAGCAUGGAGGAGGAACGACGGGAUUUUAUAUGAAAGUGCCCUCAACGACGAGUGAUGGUGGUUCAUGAACUGAAUCCGGCAUUUAAUGAACAUACGACAGAUCUACACAUGACUCAUGAAACAACGGAGAAAAAAGUCUUUUGGAACCUGAGAGAGAAGUGAAAGAAAGAAGAAGAAGAAGAAGAAGUUUGGAUGACUUUUUAUAAAUCUUUGAAUGACUGGAGGAAAUUUGAAACUGAAAAUAGUUGUAAUCAUUAGAGUAUAAGGAUAGAAAAAGAUGUUAAUUUCCAAGGGAAGAGGCGAAAGCGUGGAAUGACAAUAAGGUUUAAGAUAAAAGUAGCGAAGGAUCGCGACUUGCGAAGAAUAGGUUGUCUCAUGUUAUGUGCAAAGUGGAUUUGAAACUUCAAGCCGGCCCCAGGAGAAGAGGAUUUCGAUCUGGAAUGGCAUUUGGAACACUGACAGUGUUUGCAGUGAGACUCGUCCUCAGCGCUUAUAUACUCGCUGUGGCCGUUUAUGUCAACGCCACCGGCAACUGGGACAAGGACGACGACCUAGUCUCUUCAACGGAAGUGAAUGCAGUUGUUGGACACACAGCAUCUUUGCCUUGUGACAUUGAACCGUCCACGCGAGAAGAUCGCGUUUACAUGGUGCUAUGGUUUCGCGAGGAUGUAGUCAAGCCGAUUUACAGCUUCGACGUACGUGGAAGAGCUUUCAAUAAAGCUCUGAACUGGUCGGAAAACAAUGACGUGAAAUCCAGAGCUUACUUCGUAACAGUGACGAAGCCGGCUACGCUCUCCCUGGAAAAAGUGCGACUCGAUGACGAGGGCAUUUACCGAUGUCGGGUGGACUUUAAAAACUCACCAACUCGAAACUUCCAAGUGAAUCUCACUGUGAUCGUUCCUCCACGUGAGUUGUUAAUUUUCGACAGUUCAGGAGUCGAGGUGGAAAAUGUCGUUGGACCCUAUCGAGUUGGGGUUGAGUUUGGCUUAUCUUGUCAAGUUAGAGGAGGAAAACCGACGCCAAUCGUCACGUGGCUGGCGAAUGGUAAGGAAACUGUUGGACUAUUGAAGAAAUCGGGAACGACUCUCGUGGUCAAUGAACUGACAAUUUCUCAGCUAAAAAGGGAGCACCUAAAUACAACGUACAAAUGUAGGGCUACUAACACGAAUUUGAUUCCUCCCUUGGAAAAGAACGUCCUUUUAGACGUAUACUUGAAGCCAAUUUCGGUGAAAAUAUUGACGAAACCUUCGAUCUUGGAAGCCGAGAAGGAUUACUCGAUUGCCUGUGAAUGUAUGGGAUCUCAUCCUCGAGCAAAAAUUGUCUGGCUAGAUGGACUUUUGCCCUUUAAAAGUGGAAAGGUAAUAAACGGUGAGGGCUCAGCGGCUGUUUUAAGUACUUUGAUCUUUUCUCCGAUUCCUGAGGAUCAUGGGAAGACUCUCAAGUGUCGAGGGGAAAAUCCUGAAUUGGCCGGAGCGUUUCUAGAAGACCACUUUCUGCUCAAUGUUGUCUUUCCUCCCAAGGUUCAAUUACAUUUGGGCAGCACUUUAAAUGCAGAGAAUAUAAAAGAGGGUGACGACGUCUACUUUGAGUGUAAAGUCCGAGCGAAUCCUGAACAUCAUAAAAUAACCUGGAGACACAAUGGAGUCGUCCUCGCUCAGAACUACUCGGCUGGAAUAAUAAUGAGCACUCAAAGUUUGGUUCUGCAAAGCAUUGGACGGGACAACGCCGGAAAUUAUACCUGUCUUGCCAGCAACGAUAGGGGAGAAACUUCCAGUUCUGCUGUAUCUUUACGAGUUCAAUAUGCGCCAGUUUGUAGGACGAAGGAGGUGACGAUAAUUGGAGCAUCCUUGGAGGAAUCGGUGAAGGUUCGCUGUGAGGUGGACGCAGAUCCAGCGGACGUCGAUUUUCUCUGGGAGUUUAACAACAGUGGGGAAAAUUUUGAGGGCGCAUCGGCCAAGUAUGACGGCAACAAUGGAACAAUGAGCGAAUUAGUUUAUACUCCAAUUUCGGACAGGGAUUAUGGACCCUUGACUUGUUGGGGCAGGAACCCCAUCGGAAAACAGGAAGCGCCCUGCAUUUAUCAAAUUAUCCCCGCAGUGAAACCGAGUCAGUUGAGCAAUUGUACAAUAAAGGCCGCUCUGAAUUUGAGUUCGGAAAUUUUGGAAGUGGAAUGUGUCCCUGGCUACGAUGGAGGGAUAAAACAAGAGUUUCGCUUGGAGGCGUUCGAUGUCUCGAAUGGCAAAAUGAGAUUAAAUGCCUCGAGCGCUUCGACGGAAACCCCUAUUUUUCGAAUAGCCGUCGCUGAUCUUUUACCCGCUACGCAUUUUUAUCUACGGGUCUUUGCAAUCAACGCGAAGGGCAAAAGUGAUCCGACACUCCUCGAAGAUAUUCUACUUCGAGAUUCCGAGAAGCAUCCAGACAGCGGUGUCAGUAUGGUGCCAUUAAUUUUACUUCUCGUUGGAUGUCUGAUGGCUCUUGGAGUAACGGUGCUAUCUGUGAUGUUAAUGAUGUAUCGAAGACGUGGAACGACGUCGCCCGUGCAUAUUGAACCGUACAUGAAACAGCCAAUAAUAACACCGCCCGAUUCGAGAAAUAAUUCAAUGCUCGAUGUCACACACGGUGAUCAUACCUAUUUUGUCGAAUACACACUCAAGCAGGUCGCCGAUUAUGCGCUUAAUAAUCAGCCCGAUAUAAUUCAAUCGCCCCAAGAUCACGAAAAAAUCAAAAGGGAGCCGCAACUAUUUUUGCCAGUGAGGCCGGACACUCUAUUCGCACCGUAUGAUAUUCACAAACAAGGCCUUCAAUCAAACAGAUGCAGUCUGAAUCCAUUUUCCGCGAAAUCGUGGGAGCCAAUAAGUUUCAAGGCUGAUCGCAACCUCAUGAAAGAGAUCAUCAUCGCAAAUUCUAUACCCGGUCCCGAGAGUUGUGUCUAAGGAUCGCGAAUGGAAGAGGAGGAAACAUAUCAGGAAGACUGAACGAGAAAUCAUCAGUCCCUAGCACAUUAAAUCAUUCGACAUCCACGAAAAAAUCAUCAACCUCAUUUCUAGACUGUGAAAAUAUUUUUCAUUUUUUAUUUUCAAUUUUUUUUGUAUUUUUUUUUAUUAUAUCUCUCUUUUGGGGAACCGCGUUAAAAACGCGCCUUAAAACGCAAAUGAUGAAGGAAAAAAACAAUAUUUUCAUCAUUCACGUUAAUAAUCGUUCGAAUAACAGACUUAAAACAAAUAAAUAAAUAAAAGCAAAAAAAAAAAAAUCACUUUUGUAAGAAACUUACGCUAAGACAAAAGAGCAUUUGACGAAGACUAAUAAUUCUCGUAGCAUAUUCUAACCAAACGCUACAACACAAUGUAUUACUCCGAGUUUAAUAUAUUUUGUGUCAAGUCUUGA